AUGUCAGAGCUGAAGUACAAGCGGAGAGUGUACAAGAUGCUGAAGCUGGAUGAGAAGGCCAUCAAGAGCAUGCACUCGCGCGCCACCCUGCGGCGGUUCCUGGAGCUAGUCAAGGACGGGAACGCGGACAAGGCCUCCAAGAUGUGCGCCAAGGGCCUGGACCCCAACUUCCACUGCCAGGAAUCUGGGGAGCAUGUGAAUGAAGUCAUUUUUCUUCGUUCUUGUCUUGUUAUCCUCAUCCUUGGUCCUGAUCCUGCUAAUCCCGAUCCCCAGUCGAGGCUAGAGAAACUGCGCCGUGACACGCCGCUGCAGCUGGCGACGGGACUGAAGAACCCGGGACCGAUGCUGAUGUCCCUGGUGAACGGCGGGGCCCUGCUGGACUUCCGGAGCCGGGACGGCGCCACGGCGCUGCACCGGGCCGUGUCCCGAGACAACCUCCCGGCCGUUCGCACCCUCCUGGACCUGGGGGCGUCGCCGAACUACAAGGACCUCAAGGGCCUCACGCCCUUGUACUACUCCGUCCUGAAUCCCUCGGGCGAACCCCUAGUCUGUCAGGCUCUCCUCCACGAGAGGGCUUCCAUCGGGGCCCAGGACGCGCAGGGAUGGCACGAGGUCCACCAGGCUUGCCGGAACGGGCUGGUGCAGCACCUGGAGUUCCUCAUCUACUACGGGGCGGACGUGAACGCCCAGAACGCGCCGGGGAACACGCCGCUACACGUGUGCGCCGUGAACGGGGGGGAGUCGUGCGCCCGACUCCUCCUGUUCCGCGGGGCGGACAAGCAAGCCCGGAACUUUGCCCACCAGACCCCAUAUCAAGUGGCCGUCAUUGCGGGCAACGCCAAGCUUGCUGAACUCAUCCAAAACCAUCGCGACGAGGACAUCGUACCAUUCCGAGAGUCUCCCAAGUACAACCCACGCCGGCGACCCUCGACGGCCUCCUCCCUGAGCCGCGCGGGGUCGGACCACCAGCUGGACCCCUCGGGGCUGCUGCCGCCGAGUCCCUCCCCGUCGCACUGGUCCCUGCCGCCGCUGAGCUCCGCCUCGUCCUCCUUCUCCGACGCGUCGUCUUCCACCUGCACCCAGGACGAUGGGGACAACAACUCUUCCAUCAAGUCAGACAAGAGCGAUGUGGUAAGCGAGAGCUCAGGAGUGGUGACCAGCGGCAGCAACAGCGGAUCAGGAGACGGGGACUCCUCGACCGGGGCCGUGACCCCCACGGAGUCAUCGUGCAAGAUCCCUGUCGCCAGCCACCCGGUCGCCGGCCAUUCGAUCGCCGGCCACCCGGUCACAGCCGUCUGCAUCCAGCAUUAUUCCUCGCCCGAUCCCAGCCAUCUGUCGCUCAAUGUCGGCGAUUUUGUCGAGGUGACGGGUUCCACAGAUUCCGGGUUCUUCGAGGGAGUCUCAGGUGGGACGUCGGGGCUGUUUCCCGCCCAGUGCGUCCAGGAAGUGAAACUGCGGGGGCAGACCCCCAUGUCCGCGUCGUAUUCUGAGCCGUCGAGUCGUAUGGACGGACCCAGACGAAUGUACGACUCGACUGAGGUUGGAUCUUACAGCGUCGGGAACGCGCGGACCGUGGCGCUGCAUCGCGGGCCGCGGGGGUUCGGGUUCGUGCUGAGAGGCGCGAAGGCGCAGAGCCCGCUCGUGGGGCUGAUGCCGUCGGAGCGAUGCCCCGCGCUCCAGUAUCUGGACCAAGUGGACCCCGGCGGGGUCGCGGCCGAAGCGGGUCUCCUCAGGGGAGACUUCCUCCUUGCUAUCAACGACGAGGACGUGUCCCAAGCCCCGCACGAAGUCGUGGUGGAGCGGAUCAAGGAGUCUGGUGACCGAGUGAAGAUGACCGUGGUGACGGUAUUGGACGAGCCGAGGGAGGGGGACGUGGAGACCCCCGGCCCCCGGCCCUGGGCGACGCUGCCCCGGAACAUCAACAUGGGUCGGUCACCGCUGGCACCGCCUGUGCCCAGAAGGGAUCCCCGCACCAGCCUCAGUGUGGGCCGGGCGAGAGCCCGCUCUUUCGUUGGUACCCUCUCGCAAAUGGGUGAGCACUCUUUCCUGUCUUCAACUCUUCAUGCAUGGGUGAUUCCACGGCCACUAAAUGCAAAUCCAUGCACAAUACCUGCCACCUUCCCGAGGACAGAAUCAUCCCGCUAUUCCUCCACAGAGCACGGCGACUGCCCCGAUACCCCCCGAACGGCCACGAUCCGAUCGCGACCGCCCUCGCGACGGCUGACGGCCAACCAAGUGGAGGAGAUCUUCCUGGCAGAGAGCCCCCCGUCGAUCGAGAGCCCGUCGAAAACCGGGAAGGCACACAAGGUCUAUGCGUCUGUGGCUGAAAUGAAGCGACUGAAGCAGGCAAGGAAGCAGAGGAGCCAGGCAGAGUUGACAGCCCUGCACAAGUCAUACCACAGCUCCCCCAGCCUCAACAAAGAGAACGAAGGGCCCACGUCCCUCCCUUACAUCCCGGUGACGCCGACCGCCGCCCCGAUCUCGAGCGACCGACGCAGCCUGAGCCAGGAGGCCAUCCCCCAGCCACACGACCCGCACGACCCCGAUGACUUCCCCACCCCCGUGGCCGACCACCCCCUGCUCCCCGGUCCCGAGUCGUACAGCGACGACAACGUCCAGUACCUCCUCCGACGCGGAAUGAGGAAGGAGGAACUCCCCCGAUCCUCAUCCGUGAGAGGGCACCCACCCCCCGAGUACCCACCGCCGCCACCUCCUGCUGGACAAAUAGUGUGCGUGGACGUGUCUGGGAAAUCGGGGAAAUCCCUUUCUCCAUCCCACGGCCAGUCGAGCGAGAUCUUGUCGAGCUUCCGACCCGACAGCGUGGCGAAGCUUUACGCCUCGCCAGUCACUUUCAACCCGCAGUCGAAAACAGCCAAAGAAAAGGAAACCGGAUCGGCUAAAAGCCGCUCUCAGAGCUUACCACCGCGCCCCAAUCACGAUCCAGUGCAAAAAGUGCCUGCCGGUGCAGAACGGAAAAACACCACUCCGAAACCGCAGAACCAAAACUUGGAAACCACCAGCGGUCGGGCAUCCGGGAACUCCCCGUGGGCACAAAACGGCCACACGACCGUGCGAAACGGACCCAGAUCCCUCGAGGAAAGAGACUCUUCCUUCGAGUCGAACGACGGGGACCCCCACACGAAGGCCAUCCACGCCAUCUACCAGGCGAGGGCACGCCUUCGACAGGCGCCCCAAAGGAACCCUUCCAACGGGAUGUCCACCGGGGCCCCGGCGUCUUCCGCGGUCGACCCACAGUUCCGUCACAUCCUGGAGAAGAAGUUCGCCUCCACCCAGAACCAACAGCGAAGCGGGCAGACCAAAAUGAGCAACGGAGCCUUCAUCCAAGACAAGGCUCCUGCACCCGCUAAAGUACGGGUCGACUUGAGAAACGGCGUCCGAGAACCGGUUGCAAAAUACCGACCCGGCGAACGCACGACGAUCCCCGGGGAGGGUCCCUGGCAACUCAGCCAGGAGGACAUCCAAAGGGCCAGAUGCGGCCUCAAAUCCUCCAAGUCCUACCCCGCCGACCUCCUUCAAGAGGACAACGACAAUUCCUCGAGCGGCGUGAGCUCGGACCAGGACAACGCCUGCCCCGAAUACGUGACCGUGCUGCACACGGACGGCACCACCGGACGCGCUCGCCGGAACCGCCACGCCUCCGGGCACGAGGACGGCUCCGAGACGUCCGAGGGAUCCGACGACCUCGGGGAACGGCCUUGCUACGGCUGGGACAGCAUCCACAAGUCCGGGUCCCUCACCCGCAACGCCGUAUCCCUGGCCAAGUUGCCACCCCCGGUGGAGACAGGCGAAACCGAGUCGGAGGGCGAAGACAGAGGCUUCGAACGACCGAGCGACGACACCUCGAGCCUGGUCUCCUCCCUCAGCUCCCUGUCCACCUACAGCUCCGCCUCGUCGACAGGAAGCCUGGGAGUACGCCCCAAAGAUCCCUUCGGCAAGCCACGCAACCACCUGCAGACAUCCCGCGUGCGCUCGGAGAGAAGCAUCGAAGAAAGCCUCCUCCUCAUCAAACAGCACGUGAACUCCCUGAACGAGGUGAACAUCCUCGCCGGCCUCGCCCCACCCUCGGACAACGACCGAACCCCCGGCGAAGUCGGAGGCCUCGCCAUCGCCCCACCCCCCGAGUUCUGCGACACGGAAAGCGAAAGCGAAGCCAGCAUCGAGACUGUGAUAUCCAACCCCAUCACCCACCGCACCACCAUCCGCGUCGGCUACCCCACCUCCUCCCUCACCAAGUCUUCCAGCACAUCCUCCUCCAGCCUCGAAUCCCUGCUCGACUCGGACCCCGCCCCAGGCAAGCCGAGCAACCCUCCCCGCAACCCUCCCCGCGCCAGGGUCGGAUUCCUCAGCAAGCCCCUGCACGAGUGGGACGUGUGGGACACGGCCGACUGGCUCGAGUCCCUCUUCAUGCCCGAAUACAAACGAUCCUUCGUCGAGUGCGGCAUCGACGGCCGCCGCCUCAUGGGCCUCAACGAGGAGGCUCUCCACUGCCUCGGCGUGAAGCGAUCCGGUCAUCGCCUCAACAUCGAGAGGUCUCUCAAACGCUUCAUGACCUACAGAACCAGCGUAUGAAGUCGCUAAAUCCUAUUCCUUCCCUGUGCUUCUUGCCUAUCCCCGCUUUUCGUAUCUGCUCAAGUCAAAUCGGAAAAGGAACUCGGCGGUGGCUUUUCUCGACGCACGAGUCGUCGACUGCAGGCCGAGACAAAAAAUUUCAUACAUGUGAUAUCCGCUUACGUGAAUGGCAUCAUUUUUCUAUCGGGGAGACUUUACUGGAUCUGCGCCAAGUAUUCUCUUUCCGCGAUUUCGUCGUCGAUCUAUUUUUUUUUUUCUUUGUGUCUUCCAUAGCCCCUUUAUCUUCGUUUCCUUUUAUGGCCGAGGACGGUUCAUG